UGGUAUAUAUGUUUGUGUGCGUGUGUUUUUCAGGGACUGUUGACAUUCAGGGAUGUGGCCAUAGAAUUUUCUCUGGAGGAGUGGCAAUGCCUGGACACAGCUCAGCGGAAUUUAUAUAAAAAUGUGAUUUUAGAAAACUACAGAAACCUGGUCUUCCUGGGUAUCGCUGUCUCUAAACCAGACCUGAUCACCUGUCUGGAGCAAGAAAAGGAGCCUUUGAUUAUGAAGAAAGAUGAGAUGGCAGAUGAACCCCCAGGUAAGUGAGAGUAAAAGUGAAUACAACAGAUGACACAGAUGAGGGGUCCAAAGGUCAAAGAGAAAGCCAGUUCUUAAAAUAGCAAUUUGGGAAUCUGUGUUUUAAAGGAAACAGUUUCUGGAAAACCUGAGGUUUUUUAUUUGUUCUCACAUGUGAGCAUUUUCUGUCAUAUGCUUUUAAAUUCUCUAAGGUUUCUGUUUACUUUUUUGGUGAUCUUCCUUCAAGUUUUCAGUGAUAACCAAUGUCCUCUUCAUGGCAUGUAAGAGACUAUGCAAUCUGAAUGCUUAUUCAGUUUUUUUGGAGACACACAAAUAUCUGCAUAAUUUUGAGCAACUUGAUGGUAAAUAGUUUUAUUUUAGUUAUUUUUUUGCAUCAUGUCUGAAACAUAUGAAAAGUGGUUUCUUUUCCUUUUUUU